UUGAUACAGCCUUUGACACAUUUUACAGUUAAGAAACUGAGACUCGGAUUCGGUGAUUUACCCCGGGGUCGCUCAGCUUGUGAAGUGUUAGGCCAGUUUGAACGCUGAGCGUGAACUUUAACUUCGUUGCGGUACAGAAUUGUGCGGCGCUUUUCGCACCAUAAUCGCCUAUUAGGUACUUACGAAGGAAACAAUCUUAUGGAGGCCAUUUGGAUUCUCAAGACUUUUGAAAGUAAAAAGCUGUAACUCAACUGAAUCCAAAUUGUUGAUUCCGCUAGCAUGGACAACGCUUACACAGAAGCUUAGGAAAGUACCUGGUAUUUUCUUCUUAUUUCAAAGAAAAGUAUUCUCAACCAUGGCAGAAAUGGAAGCAAGUAAGAGCAAGUCUGAACUGUUUUCACCACCUUCUAAUGUUCGUGGAAUGAAAAACCUUGAUAGGACAGCUUUUAAAAAGACAGUCACCAUUCCAGUGCUUAAAGUGAGGAAAGAAAUAGCCAACAGAUUGUUGCGAUCCCUUAAAAGGUCAGCACUGCAGCGCCCUGGCAUAAAGCGUGUGAUUGAAGAUCCAGAAGAUGAAGAAUGCAGAUUAAUUAUGUUGGAUCCCUAUAAAAUAAUUACUCAUGAUUCCUUUGAAAAAGCAGAACUCAGUAUUUUAAGUCAACUUAAUGUCAGUCCGCAGAUAUCUAAAUAUAAUUUGGAACUAACUUAUGAAAACUUUAAGUCAGAAGAGAUCUUGGGAGCUGUGCUUCCUGAAGGUCAAGAUGUGAUUUCAGGGUUUAGCAGAGUAGGACAUAUUGUACACCUGAAUCUUCGAGAUCAUCAGCUACCAUUCAAGCAUUUGAUUGGCCAAGUUAUGAUUGACAAAAAUCCAGGAAUCACUUCAGCAGUAAAUAAAAUCAAUAAUAUUGACAAUACAUAUCGAAACUUUGAAAUGGAACUGCUAUCUGGAGAAGAGAACAUGAUGACCAAGGUUCGAGAAAACAACUAUACUUAUGAAUUUGAUUUUUCAAAAGUAUAUUGGAAUCCUCGCCUCUCUACAGAACAUGGCCGUAUCACAGACCUUCUCAAAUCUGAGGAUGUUCUAUUUGAUGUUUUUGCUGGGGUCGGGCCCUUUACCAUUCCAGCAGCAAAGAAAAACUGCACUGUGUUUGCCAAUGAUCUCAAUCCCGAAUCUCAUAAAUGGCUGUUGCACAACUGUAAAUUAAAUAAAGUGGACCAAAAGGUGAAGGUCUUCAAUUUGGAUGGGAAAGACUUCCUCCAGGGACCAGUCAGAAAAGAGUUACAGCAGCAGCUGGAAUUGGCAGAAGAAAGAAAACCGUCCAUCCACAUAAUCAUGAACCUGCCAGCUAAGGCCAUAGAGUUUCUCAGUACUUUCAGAUCACUUUUAGAUGGGCAGCCGUGCAGCAGUGAACUGCUUCCCAGAGUGCACUGUUACAGUUUUUCCAAAGAUGCUAAUCCUGUUCAGGAUGUUCAGCAACGUGCUGGAGCUGCGUUAGGCAUCUCCUUGGAGACGUGCAGUUCAGUUCACAGUGUAAGAAACGUGGCCCCUAACAAAGUAAUGCUAUGCAUCACCUUUCAGAUUCCAGCUUCUGUACUCUACAAGAACCAGACCAUCAAUCUAGAGAAUGAUGAAGAACCAUCUGUUAAACGGCAGAGGAAAGAUAAUGACUUUUUAGAAGAAAAAACAGAAACUGCUCCAGACACUUAACUGGAAAUGUUUUCUCACCACUGUACUUUUAUGUAGUGAAAUAUAAUUUGUAUAAUUUCAUAAACAUUUAAUAUUGAACUCUUUAAUAUUUUUCCCGGCUAUCUUACCAUUACCAAGUUAAAGUUUCGAUGAAAACUUUUUAUCUAAAUCAUACUAUAUAACUAUAUUAGCUUUCCCAUUGUUGAGACACAUUAAGAUACCCACGACUUAAAGGCUGAAUUAGCUCAAUUUUUCAGAAGGUUCAAUACAUAGUUGGCAGCCUCCAAGGCAGAAACAUGAAACAGGCAUGAGAGCAAAUCUGUUUAGUUCUUAGUGGCCAGGAAAUAGCAAGGAACACUGCCUGAGAAAAAUUUGUUGGGGGCCUUAAGAAGUACCCAAGGCCAUGCAACCCAGACAUACCCAGGAACAUGCUUUAAUAAUCAGGCACUUCUUAUUCCAAAGAAGUUGACAAACCAGGAUUAAUGAUCACAAUUAGUAUUUUAAAAUCUAAACUAUAUCUAGUUUUUUAUUAGAUAAAUAUGUUUAAUGGUGCGUGCAUGUAAUCCCAGUGAUUUGUGAAGCUCAGGGAAGAGGACUGAGUUUGAGGCUUAUCUAGUAAACAUGACAAGCCCUGUCUCAAAAAAAACAAAAAGGAUAGUAAGCUUAAUAUUGUUGCUCUCGGAAAAAUUUUUGAAGGUAAGGUACCGUAGCAAACCACUAACACCAUUUUAUAGUUAUUCUUUAUUGAAGAGUGUAGUAAUUUUACAUAACUACACCUACACUACCAAUUACUACAAUCAAGGUAAUUUUAAAAAAUGAUUUAGGUCAUAGGUAGGUAGACUAUAUCCUGCCAGCUAAGUCUGGCCCACCUUAUGGCCACCCUACUUUUCAAAUGGUUGUAAAGAAUCAAAAUAGUAUUUUGACACAUCUGAAAACUAUGAAAUUGGAGAGCACUAGAAAGCAAGUAAGGAGAUACAAAAGGAAGGCAAAGAAUGUCCAAGGAAAAUUAAACUGAAGACUAUUAGACUUUCCCAAGAACAGUUACUCAGAGUUAAGGACAGUUGAAGCAUUGCCAGUAGUCAAUUAAAAAGGCAAAUAAUUCUGAAUGGCUUUGCCUCUUAAUGGGUACACAGAUGUUUCUAAUACUGCUUAGUAUUAUUUCAGGUGUUACUGCCAAGCUUGAAGUGAUUACUGAAUCAUCUUCUAUGAAUAUUAUGCAUGGAGCAGCUAUGGAUGAAUAUUUUCAAAGGAGUCAAGAAAACGCCAAUUCUGUACAGCCUAAAGUGGCAUCUCCUAAAGUGUUAUAACUGGCAGUGGCUAAAAAACAGAAAAAGUCUUUGUUGAACAAAUCUAUAAAGUGAAAAUGUCAAGAGUUUAGCCUAUAGCUAUUUACUACAUCACUCUUCAGCAAGUCCCUUGCGGAAAAAUUCUGAACCAUUCUUAAUUCCUUGAGUUUUGCCAGAAGUUGAAAGUGAAUAUUUUAAUCUGCCCUACCUCAGUUGUAUCUGUGUAUUAACAUUUUGUAAUGUUUUGAGUUUAGAAGUCAGGAUUUAAGUUUUUCUUAACAGGCAGCAUUCAAACACAAUUUUGGAAAUGAAUGACUAGAAAUUAUAUUUUGUUGAAGACCUGGUAAUAUUUCUUAAAGAAUACAACCUAAGAUUAAAACAACUUUAAUGUGAAAUAUACUGUAGUAAAACUUAA